UUCUCAUAAGAGUCAAACUAACAGUAUUUCUACUUACAAGAAAGUAAAAUAGGCAAGCAAACCAAGAAAUAUUAAACUUUGCAGUACUAUUUUGGUUCCAAUAGCAACACUUUGACCGUAUAAAAUUCAGGAAGUGUAAUGUAGUCAAAUGUUUAUAAAGUAAUAGUGUUGAUGAUUUGGUUUCAGGCUGUAAAUAGUUUGUACCCAUCGACAGCUGAACCUCAUCAAAUAAAUUUAGUUUCAUUCGACUAUGGGAUCUUUCAAACCACUCAUAAAUAUUUCUGUUCUGAACUGUGAAAACUAGAUUAUAAAUUCUGGAGAAUGCCAUUUCUGAAGGGUGGACGUGCUGCAGUGACAAGGACUAAAAAAUACCUAGAAGCUGGACGAAUACUUCUAAACGAUGGUGUCAAGAUUAUUGCCAUCAAUCACGUCCCCGGAGCGGAGAUAUCACACGGAUGUGAUGAGUUCAUUAAAUGGCAUCUACCUCCUUUACAAUUCAGAAAUCCGAACGUUCAGAUAAUAACGUUCAAAAAUAUGUUUCCGACUCCAUUUAUUAAAAUUUAUCUUGAAAAAAACGAAGAACAAGUGGUGAAUUGUGCCUUUCGAAAGAAUUCCGAAAUCUAUGAUCACCUAAUUACACUUCUUGGGAAGACUGCUCCAUCUGAUAGUUCCUUGGUGAAUAACUUGACUACAAAAAACCCGUCAAGUUUUGGCACCGAUUUCUUAUUCGACUGUAGGUUCCCGCGCCAAUGUAUAUGCGAAUUAUAUGGUCAAAUGCCUUGCUCGUCUAAUGUUGGGAAACCGAAGCUAUGGCCAAAGUUGGAAUAUACAUUGCCUCCGGUGGAUGCAGAAUGGUUUAAAAACGCGACGGAUACUAGUGUUACAAAUGAUGGAUAGUCAUUCAGUGUGCGUUCAUCUGUAAAACACAUCAUUACUGUUUCAUCUUGUGUCGUUCUUCCUCUUUCUAGUGUUUAACAUAUUUAGUACAAUUUUUCAGGACAUCGGAUUUUUUUCAAGUUCAUGCUAUUAAAAAAUAUCUUAUAAGACUGUGCAAUUAUUAUCGUUUUAGACAUCUUAGCUAAGUAGUUACAAGGACCUAAGUUUAAUUUAAAUAGAUCCAACAAACUAAGUCCGUCAGAAUAAAAAGUCUCUCAACAGUAAAUUAGUGUGAUUUUCAGUCCUAUGAAUCCCGGUUAUAUUUGAACGAUAUAACUCUUAAAUUUUUUAGUUCUCAUUUUUUUAUUCGUAAGAUUCGCCUAUGUAUUCUGACACAACUACAAUUGUUUGACUUACUAUCAAUAAAUAUUUCGUGGAUUUUCCUAUCAGCUAUCAUGUAAUCCUGUUGUUUUAUGGGGCUAUGAAGUUCUGUUUUGUGUUGCUACCGAACACGUUUUCCCGAUCAAAUGUCUUGAGCAUUUACAUUAUUAUUUAUUGGUAAGUAGGAAUUUUCAGCAAUCCAAUAAAAAGUGGAAACGCAUCCCUACACUAAUGAUAACAUUAACACCUACCUGUAUGCUUCAAAUCGGACAAUUACCAGUACUUCACUUCCAAUUGAAUCAAUAGUUUGAAGACUGAACACCAAUGCGAUCUCUAUGUAGCCAUUGAGAAGGCUGGUCGAUUUAAAAAGAUUAUAUUCUCAUCA